AUGGAAUCUUUCACUCAUGCUGUUGUGAGUACUAGUUUUCUAGAUGAAAUUGGAUUAAUCCCCUGUCCUGAAGCAAGGUAUAACCGGAGCCCCAUAGUGCUGGUACAGAACAAACUUGGUGUGGAGAGCUGGUGCGUCAAGUUCCUUUUGCCAUAUGUCCAUAACAAGCUCCUCCACUACAGACAAAGAAAACAAUGGCUCAACAAAGAUGAACUGAUUGAUGUCACAUGUACACUGCUGCUGCUAAACCCAGACUUCACCACUGCGUGGAACGUCAGGAAGGAACUAAUAUUGUCUGGCACUUUAAAUCCACUUAAGGAUUUACACCUUGGAAAACUGGCAUUAACUAAGUUUCCGAAGAGUCCAGAAACAUGGAUUCAUAGACGAUGGGUGCUGCAACAACUAAUUCAGGAAAACUCCUUGCCCACUCUUGUGAAUAAAGGGAACAUGGGAACAGUGCCUACAGAAAGGAUUCAGCGGCUAGUGCAGGAGGAAAUGGAUGUCUGCUGCGAAGCCGCUGGGAGAUAUCCAAGCAACUACAAUGCCUGGUCCCAUCGUAUCUGGGUUUUACAGCACUUGGGAAAGCUCAAUGUCAAGAUUCUUCUCGAUGAACUUUCUUCAACUAAAUACUGGGUAUCCAUGCAUGUUUCGGACCACAGUGGAUUCCAUUACCGCCAGUUCUUAAUAAAGUCCUUGACUGGCAGAACUGUGGCUGACAAUACUGUACUGGUGCAAAAUCAACUAGUAAACCAACAAAGCUCCAGUCUCCCGGAGGAUGAAGAAAAUGAAGUGGCAGAAGCCACAUGUACAGAAGAACAAAGGGUAGAUCUCUCCCAACUUUUAAAGGAAGAAUUGGAACUCUGCACUGAUCUUAUUGAUACCUACCCAGGGCAUGAAACAUUGUGGUGUCACAGACGGCAUGUGUUCUACCUUCAGCACCAUUUAAACAACAAACUUCUUCUUCCAAAUGUAUGGUUGACAUCAGUAGACAGCAGCGAUGGAACUCUAAGUAAUUCCCACCCCAUUACUGUGGUCAGUCAUGUUACUCAAGCCAUGGAUGUUGAUGGUUUGCAUGAUUCCAGCAAACAAGGCUAUACCCAAGAAACCAAACGACUAAAACGUGCCCCUACACAGGACUCUCUUGGCCUGGAAAUGGAAUACAGGUUCAUUGACAAAGUUUUAUCAACUUGUAGAGAUGUGGAGCAGGCCAGGUUUGCUACUGCAUAUAAAAAAUGGCUAGUUAAUUUUCCAAGUCAGUGAAGGAAAAGCUAAAACCUGCAGGAUUCCUCUUUUAGUGCAAUAUUCUCUUUUCAGUCACAAAUGCAUGUCAUGGUUGCAAGUGUUAGCUAGCCAUGUUUUUCUCACUUUUUUAUGGUUAGUGCUGAAACUCAUUAUGCAGAGUAAAACUCUUUCAUGUUAUUUAUUUCAAAAACUGGCAUAUCUUUUUAUUAAGCAAACAUAGUUUGUUUUCCUUUAGUCCUUCAAAGAUUUCAUACUAUAUUUCUACUUGUGGCAGCUUCAUGUCAUGCUAUUGUUCCUCUUGAACCUUUUCUGUAUUAGUGUGGACUGUGAACAGAGGGGCUUGACAAAAAGGUUUAAAAUGAUUCUGAUCCAAAUGGAGGGUCUGGGAAACAAGUUAGAAGAUCUGUCAGCAUAAAAUUAGCUUGUUUCUAUGUUGUUCCUGUCCGACAGAGUCAAGGCUGGCAAUGACUCGUACAGAGCCAGUGGACCCAGAUUGUAUUUAGUGAGUUUUUACAUCUGAAUUACUAACCACUAUUAAAAGAGUAGGCUGUUGUGUUUCGGCCUCCGUGCCCCUUUUAAUUCCUCAUAAAGGCAACAUGUAUUGCUACUAUACUGGAAUUACGCUUUUUGUUUUAUUUGCCUGACAGCUCUAUCACAUAAGGUCAGUAUCAAAACCUACUAAGCUUAAGUCCAUGCCAAAUCUGAUGCAGGUAGAGGCGGGAAAACAAAGUGUCUUUCUCUCAUGCAACAAGCGAGUAAGGUUAAAGCUGUAUGCGGAAGCAUUUCUGUCUUUAACGUUCUAUACUUUUAUUUAUUUAUUUAUUUUACCUCAAAAAGCCAGAGUUAAUGACACUUGAUUUACAUCUGUGAAUGUAUUGCAUUAACACUACAGAGCCCAACAAAGACUAUGCAAUCACACACACAUCAUAAAAACACAGUAUACAAGCAUUUUAGAUGAUGGAAGUAAAAAGGAAUUGUGCUAGCUGAUUUCUUAAACUAUACUAUGAAGACAAUUAGUCAGGAUUUCUUCCUUUCUGCAUUUAUGUGCAUGUCUGUACUUCUGUAUUGCUUCCUUUCUGUAUUUCUAGCUUAGGCAAGGUUUCAAUUCAGUGUCUUCCCCGUCAGUCAGUGGACCUCCUUCCGCCCAACACCUCAUGUAUAUAUUGUGGUUAUACAAUUCUAAGGUAGUUUUAUCCUUGAAUUCCUUUUGGUUAUCAGUGCAAUUAAAUAUGAAUAGUCUGUAUUGGCAUUUUUUAGAACCUCUCACCAUCUGCGCCAGUGUAGUUGGACUCCUGUAACUAUGCUAGUGCAGGCCCCAUUGUAAAAAUGCUUUCCUGUUUAAGUGAAAUCUUACCACAGAGCUGCUUUACUCCUAAAGUUAAAACAUUUUGGAAAUUCGGGAAAGCUCCUUUAAUAUGAUCUGUGCUCGUUUUCCCUGGACAAAGUCCAGCCUCAGAAAUGAACAGCUUCAUGCUCCUGUUCUUAUUGUUGAGAAAGUACAAUGAGGAGUAGAAACGGAGGUGUGCUGCUUUAAAAGAUGUUACUCUCAGAAGUGUGACGGCCACUGGAGCAAUGGGCAGUGGGAUUCCAGGGGUCCUAAGUCAUGUCUGGGUAGCAGUUAUUCUUCCAUGUCAAAGGGAAAAUAGACUCCCUCUGGUAUGUUUGCUUUUAGUGAUGUGGCUAAAUUUGAUGAUUUUGAGACUGGAAUGAACUAAGAGUCAUUCAGGUCAUUUAGGAAAUAGGUAGUAGUAUUAAAACAGGGUCUCUAUGUUUUGGGUUGGGUUUUUUUUAACUCUGCAGAGUUAAACUCCCAGGCCUUGGAGUUCAAAAUCACUUUGUGGCUAAAAUGAGUUUGGUAAAGACGUGUCAGAUUGUACCUUGUAUGUCUGUAGUUUGCAGAUGAGUGAGUUGAGUGACAUAUAGGUUUGAGCAUCUCCAUUGCAAAGCCUUAUUUAUGUUAGUGCCUUCUCACCGGUUCUGCAAUAUGUCUGGGUUUUGGGAUGUCUGUGUGUGUCUGGGGUUUUAUUUCAUGGUUCUUGGUGCUGAGAUACUCUAGGAUUCUUUCCUAGUUAGUUGUAUCAAUUUUAGAAGAACUUGUCUGGCUUUGGGGCAGAAGCGGGGGAUUGUGGUUGGGGCAUUGGAGGACCAUCAAUACUCAAAAGAUUUUGCUGUUUUCCCCACUGUUAAGUACUGUAUUUGCUUGAUUCCAAAAUGAGGUUUAUUUUCCCAUUCAACAUGGGGGAAACGUCUCAUCUUAGAAUUGAGUAUGGGACCACUCCAGCCAGCAGCUGCAGCAAGCAGUGGUGUCCUCAGCUGAUCCAGGUACAGGUGAAGCUGCUCCUUCAUUGUGCUGCAAGGAGCAGCUGUGCAGGGAACUUGGCUCUGCCAGGGACAUGAGCAGUGGCUCAUAGGUUCCUCCUUCCAGCACUUGUUCCAGGCCCAGCUCCACUCUUUUACCCCUCCCACCCCCAUCACUUCAUGUUCUCCACUGGUGAGGCACAGUUACUGGAAGGAGGAACCUGCACGCUGCUACUGUUAUCUCUGGCUGUCUGAUGCAGGCUAUCUCUAGAGCUGCUCCUGCUUCUUGCUGCAGGGAGCAGCUUUGUGGGGAGCCCAGCUCAGCUGGGGACAGCAGCAACGGUGCACAGGUUUCUUCGUUUAGUGCUUGCUCCCAGGCAGAGUGGGGAGGGCAAGCACUGGGAAAGGACAGAUGGUGGGGUGACAAAUACUAGGGUGGAUAAGUGUGGGGAGGUAAGUGGUAGAGGGAGUACUUGUCCCCACCCCGGUAUCCUCCCUAUCACCUGCCCUGCCACUGCUUUCCUGCCCCUUCCCACUAUUUUUCC